AUGCCAGACGUGGAAAAAACUGAAUGGGCCUAUCCAUGGGAAAGCUUAAGUUUGGGUGAUCACCAUUAUCGGUUCUCGCCACAUUUGGAGCCAUUGAUGUCUGUCUCCCAAAAAGUCACAUGUGCAAUUCUGGAGACACCAGUGACCUAUCAACAAGCCGCAACAAAGUUCGGAGUACAGAGCACUCAAAGAGUCCUUUGUACAGAGUACGCAGCUCAUGCAUCCCCUGUCUAUCACGGCAAUGCACAGGAUGAAGACCACGGGACGUCCAUGUAUGGCAAUGCGGAGUUCCGUAUAGAUACUAGUUCGUAUUCGUCCCCCAGCGCAACCAUGCGACCGGUGUCAACCGCUCCCCGUAGACAAGAAGAGGAACAUGCCAUUAACAUGGUUGAGCGGGAUCCGAUUCCAAGGAACGACGAAGAGGCCAACGACGUCAGCUUCCAUUUUUCCGGCUUGGCUUCGUUUUAG